CCACGUUUUGGCUCUUGCUGUCUGCAAGGAAAGGUUCGACUCCCUCACCCACUUUCCCCUCCUCCACUACUCCAUCGUCUCCUCACAGUCCACUCUCAUUCCCCACAUGAAUCAGAUGCAUUCAAGAUCAAGGCUCGAGAGUUUUGUAAACACAUUCGUCGCUAUAAUGCUGCUCUUGCUUUCGUCUCAUGUGGAAUACGUGCCCAGGAUGGUUUUGUCAAUCAUAUGAACCAGCCAGUCCCAGGUGCUGGGCCAUACACCUUUCGAGUCCAUGGGCAGUUCUACCAUCGCAUUGGUUCGCUGCUGCCACAACAAGGGCAACAACCAAAAUAUGCUCAACUCUAUAUCUACGAUCCCCAUGAUGAUGCAGCAAGAUGCCAGAUGAACCAAUUCCGUAUCGAUCGAAAUGCAGAUCAAGACCCACAGCUCAUGCUUGAUCUGCAUGAUAUGAUGGUAGAGCAUAACCCUUGGGUACAAGUGUAUAGAAACGGCCAUGAGCGAAUGCAGCAUACUCCUCCCGAUCAGCAUGACCUCCCUUUACGCAUUCAUAUCGACAUCCAGCAAGACCAAUGGUGCUAUAAUGCUCCUGUCGUGGAUGAGAUUGCAGCCAUCAUUCCUGGAGACGGUACAGAUGUGGACAACACCCGCGACAUCAUUUUACAUCGAGUCAUUCCGCUCCUUCAGCGCAUUUCUGAGAUUCAUCCUGCCUACACUCCACUCCAUUAUGUCCUUCUUUUUCCA